CGAGUCAAUCGCGGAUUGAGUUAUUUUAAUUUCUUUCUUUCCGUAGAUAAGUUAUAUAGUUUGUGGUGUUUUCAAAGUUCAAAGUCCUUUUUUUUAAAUAAUUUAUUUUAUAUAGAUAUAAAUAUCGAAUUUUAAAUUUAAAAUGAAUCCCAUAACACAGCUGGCUCGAGCUACUCGCCCUAUCUACAAGAAACUGUCUACAUCUGCUGCAUUGUCAUCAGCUAAACCUAUUCCAACGACAGGGUAUUGUUUUGAGCUAAGUGAUGAACAAAAAGCACUUCAGGAGCUUGCUAGAAAAUUCACCAGGGAAGAAAUCAUUCCUGCGGCGGCCCAGUAUGACAAGAGUGGAGAAUACCCCUGGCCAAUUCUCAAAAAGGCUUGGGAGCUCGGUCUCAUGAAUGGACAUGUUCCUGUACAUUGCGGGGGUGUUGGGGAUUUUGGAGUGUUCGAGGAAUGCCUUGUUGCUGAAGAAUAUGCCUUUGGGUGUACAGGAAUAACUACUGCUAUUGGAGGCACGAACCUUGGUCAAGCACCUGUAAUUCUUGCUGGUAACAAGGAACAACAAAAGAAAUACCUGGGCAGAUUGAUUGAAGAACCUUUAGUCGCUGCAUAUUGUGUCACGGAGCCCGGCGCGGGUUCGGACGUCGCUGGAGUUAAGACUAGAGCUGAGAAAAAGGGCGACGAAUGGAUCCUGAACGGACAAAAGAUGUGGAUCACCAACGGUGGUGUUGCUAACUGGUACUUUGUCCUCGCUCGCACAAAUCCCGACCCAAAAUGCCCACCAAGCAAAGCCUUCACUGGUUUCAUCGUUGAGAGAGAUUGGCCUGGCGUGACUCCUGGCCGUAAGGAACAAAACAUGGGUCAACGCGCUUCGGACACACGAGGCAUCACAUUUGAAGAUGUUCGCAUCCCCAAGGAAAAUGUGCUCAUUGGUGAAGGCGCUGGUUUCAAAAUUGCGAUGGGUGCAUUCGACAAGACUCGACCUCCGGUAGGCGCAGGUGCUACAGGUCUUGCGAAUCGUGCGCUGUACGAAGCGACAAAAUAUGCUCUGGAGCGCAAAACCUUCGGUGUCCCGAUCGCCAAUCACCAGGGAGUGGCGUUUAUCUUAGCAGAUAUGGCCGUUGGUGUUGAAACUGCUCGGCUAGCGUGGAUGAAAGCAGCCUGGAUGGUUGACCAUGGUCAAAAGAACACAGUGCUCGCGUCUGUCGCAAAACUACACGCUUCCGAAAUCGCCAACAAGGCAGCCUCGGAUGCGGUCCAGAUCUUUGGCGGUAACGGAUUCAAUACAGAGUACCCGGUAGAAAAACUGAUGCGGGAUGCGAAGAUCUACCAGAUUUACGAGGGCACUUCCCAGAUCCAACGAGUUAUUAUAUCAAGAGAACUAUUUUCAGCCGCUAAACAGGUCGCUUAAAAGCUAUGGUGGUUUCUUUAUAUCUAGUACUGAUAAUUUUAUAUGAAUAUCGUUAAUUGAUAUAAUUAUUAGUAUAUGCAAACUAAUUAAUAUUUUUUAUUUAUAUAUAUAUAAAUAUCUCAGUGUUUAUAUAUCUAUAUCAUUAAAUCGAUUUUUUUUA